GAUGUGUCUGUUAUCGCUGUCCUCACAGGGCCAGUGUUUGUUUGACCAGGGAUUGUACCUGGACGCCCUGGAGUCUUUCGCCAAGGCUUCUGAGCUGAUACCGGACAACAGGUCUUAUCACAUGAGGAGUCUGGCCUGCCUGGCGGCUCUGGGCCAGCACGGAGACUGCCUGCGACUGGCGAGCAGCUGGCUGGAGACGGAUGCCAGCAACCCCGACCUCUUCGUCCUGAGGGCCAGACUGCACAGGCACUUCAGCCAGGCGACCCUGUGCUACCGCGACGUCAAGGCCGCCCUGGCGGUGGCGCCGGAGUUCCAGGAGGCCCGGCGCCUGCUGUCGGAGCUGCGGGGGGUGGCGGAGGGGGCCCGGGAGCGUGCCGUGUCCCGGGCAGUGGGGGGGCAGCUCCGGGAGGCCCUGCAGAAGAUCAACACAGCCGUGGAGCACGACCCAGAGCAGAGCCACUACUACCUCUUCAGGGCGACGCUGCACCGGAGACUACGGGACUUCAACGCCGCCAUCGACGACCUGAUCGAGGUGCUGGGGCGCGGCGGGGGGGAGCAGGCCGAGGCCCGCAGGCAGCUGGCGCUGACCUACAACGACUUCGCCGUCCACUGCUUCUCCCGGCGCUUCUACCAGGAGGCCGAGCUGCUGCUGAGCAAGGCCAUCGAGGAGGAGAAACGGGAGAAGGGCCUGUACAUCAACCGAGGGGACUGCUUCUUCAAGCAGGGGGAGUGGACGUUUGCCUUGGCGGACUACCAGCAGGCUGAGGAGAUGGACCCAGAGGACCGGGCUGUGUGGAACCGCCUGGCCCUGGUGCACAACUCGCUGGGACUGCUGGAGUACCAGGACAGGCAAGCCGACCCCCCCCCCCCUUCAGACAGUGGGGAUAAGACAGAGGCAGAUCUCUUGCUUCCAGAGAUGGGGUUUUCUGUCCUGAUCCUGAAGAGCUCCGGGCCAGCACUCUCCCUGCCUGUGUGUCUCAUGGAGAGCAAGCUGGGGUCUGCGAAAAGACACAUGCAAGAAAUUGAACUUGUAAACUUGUGUAUGGCCGAGCAAGUGAUCUUAAUCUUAAUGCGCCAUGCUGGUCUAAAGAACGAACGGUCCUCUUGCUUCUCUCGCUUUCCCCACAGCCUGGAAAGGAACCCGCCAAAGUCUUCUCCGGAGGCCGAGCCGGGGGAGGAGUCUGAGGACAGCGGGAGCGCGGUCCGGCCCUGUGUGGCGCAGAAGGACCUGUACCAGGAAAUUGUCGCCAGCACUAGAAAGGCGAACACCGCGGUGAAGGGGGCACUGCGCCACCGGGCCACCCUCCGACACGCGGGGCCCCGCUUGUCCCCCCCGGCCCCGGCGCACCCCGAGAAGCCCCCGGCUGGCGAGGAGGGGCGGCCCUACCGCUGGAGGAAGUUCAGCGAAGGCGUGGGCCCCACGUUCUGCUAGGGGCCCCAGGAAAGCGGCACCAUCCCACCCCCACCCCCGCAGACUUGCCAAUAAAAGACCACUUUGCUUCGCGGCCCCAGGUGGUUAUUUUUGAACCCAAGAUGCCACAAGGCAAUGAGCUGCUCGCCGUGGUUCACCAUCGUGAUUGCAUGGGAUCAAGGACUCCCAGAUGGCCUGUUGCGUUAGUGCUGGAUUUACAGCCGGUGUUUUCUCAGCGCUGAAAACACAGACAAGUGCUGCCUUUUCCUUGGUUGUGUGUUCACUGCAUGCUCCCCGGGAACUGCUCUGUAUUAAUAAUUGCUUACACUUAUAUAGCGCUUUUCUGGACACUCCACUCAAAGCGCUUUACAGG